AUGGAGUACACUUCCAGUGUGACCAGGGUAGAGCGGUUGUUGGAUUGGCCGCGAGAGAGGGAGAUCGAAGGCGGCUGGCAGGAGGUUGACAUGUCUGUCAACCUUAUCACCCACACACUUCACCCUAAGGCUUUAAUUUCUACCCACUCUUUCAUUGUCUUAGUUAUUUGCGCUUGUCUCCCCAUAUCUCGAGGCACAGGGUUCAUGACUAUUCGAAUUCCCCUCACGCAUGAACCGGGGGGCUUAGUUCCGAACCUGCUGCGCGAAAGAAAUACUGCCUUGGCACCCCAAAAAUACUUGGUUAUGUCUGACCGGGUAGAAUGGGCUAUGGCCACUACAUCGAACGCCGGCGGGGCAAUCGCCCAGUGGAUACAGCGGAGCUGGACGUUGGGCGGAGACCCCAAAGCCAUAGUGGCCGACGUGGGGCUGUUCAUCGGCUGGACGGCCCAAAAGAGAUCUCAUGAAGAGAUUGACCCUGCCACGUGCAUACGCUGCCAGAAUUGA